UUGGUUAAAGUUUCACCAGACUUUAUGAGUCUGUCCAGAUCACCCUGAAGUCUGAGGGGAGACUUGCUUGAUCUCUCCAGAAAGGCUACAAUCAUGGCACCCAUGGUGCAUCUGCUGUUGCUCCCACUCCUGUUCAGCAUUGCUGGUGGGAAGGACCUGGAGGAGAAGAAGGGCCCGUUUCAGGACAAAGAGCUGGAUGUGCCAGAAGGGACAGCGGUGCCAUAUCCCAUUUAUCAGUUUCAGGUGACCCACCCAGGUGUUAACAAUUUCAGGCUGAGUGGAGAAGGUAAAGAUGACAUUAAUAUUUCAAAUGACGGGUGGCUGUACCUGCAGAGGCCUCUGGACUGGUCUCAAGAUAACCACUUCGUUGUCAUGGUGGAGGCGCUGGCAGAUGAUGAAGUUGUGGAUGGCCCAGUUUAUGUGACCAUAAAUGUGCUGGAUGUAAACAAUAACGCCCCAUACUUCAACCAGACUUUCUACACAGCUGUGGUUAGAGAACACAAUCCACCAGGUGUCCCUUUUACUCGCGUGUUUGCGUUUGAUCAGGACGACCCACAGACCCCCAACGCUCAUCUGAGCUACAGCCUGGUCAGCCAGAUCCCCAACAAACACAACAUCCUGCUGUUCCAGAUUGACCCUCGUACUGGAGAGAUCUCCACCACUAAAGAAGGGGAGGAGAUGAUAACAAGCAGAGAAGGCAUCCAGUACCACAUGGGGGAAGAGCGAAGCAUCGACACUCUGAAGAUAAAGUUUAAUGAAUACUGUCCAGUGCAGAAUAUCCCCUAUGAAGAAAAUCCCUUCUUCACCUGUGUGGAGAGAGCAGAAAUGAGGAGGAGGAAUGUGGAUCCCCUGGAGGACCCAGACUACACUCUGAUUGUGCGAGUUCAGGACAUGGGAGGAGCGUCUGAGACCGCACUGAGUGGAAACACCAGAGUGCACGUCAUUGUUCAGCAAAACCUGUGGGUCAAUCCUGGACCAAUCACUGUGAAAGAAAACUUAAAGGAAACGUACCCUCUGGCUAUCACAAAGGUCCAGUCUAAUGAGCCCAACGCUGUGUACUCAUUAGUGCAGAAAGAGCGGGAGCUGAAAUUUCCCUUCCAGAUCACAGGAGAUGGAGAAAUUUAUGUGACAGAGGAGCUGGACAGAGAAGACAAAGAUAUGUACAUCCUGGUGGUGAUAGCAACAGAUAACACUGGGAGGGAGGUAGAUCCACCCAUGGAGAUUCAAGUCUUGGUGGAGGAUGUGAAUGACAACGCACCUGUGUGUGAAAAAAAUGAGAGCGUAUUUGAGAUGCAGGAGGGCGAACCUGUAGGCAGCCUGAUAGGACAGCUGUUGGCCAAUGACGCGGAUGAACACGGGACACUGAAUGCUCAUCUUACAUACUCCAUCGUGUCCCAGGGUCCAGACGAGACACUCAACCCCUUCUCCAUUGACGCCGCCGAUGGACGAAUUCAGGUGUUACGCUCACUGCAGAGAAAAGAUCAGCAGCUGUAUAACCUCAACGUGAGAGUCAGCGACCCAGUAUUCAGCACAGAAUGUAAGGUCAUCAUCAAGAUCAUUGACGUCAACAAUGAGAUUCCUCUGUUUGAGAAGAAUGAUUACGGCAACCACACUCUAGCAGAGGACACUCCUGUGGGACACACGGUGCUGACCAUCAGAGCAACAGACGGUGAUGACCCAGACAGCGGCAGCUCCCGCAUCGACUUCCACAUCUCUGCUGGCAACGAUGGAGACGUUUUUGCUGUGGAAACCGACGGCGAAGGUGUCGGCCAUCUGGUCAUAGCUAAGCCUCUCGACUUUGAGUCCUCUUCCACCUACAAGCUCCAAAUUGACGCUCGUAACCCAGAGCCAUUGGUAACAGGUCUGAGCUACGGCAGCGAGUCCACAACCUUUGUCUCUGUGUCCGUCACUGACGUAGACGAGGCUCCAGAGUUCAGUAUGGACAUCCUGCAUGUGACUGUGCCUGAAAACACCACCAAGGGAUCAGUGCUGCUCACAGUGGAGGCAAAGGAUCCCGAGGGCAAAGACAUCAGUUUUAAGUUGGAUGGUGACACUAAGGGCUGGCUGGAGAUUGAUGCUGCUACAGGAGAGGUUAAAACCAAAGACAAGCUGGACAGAGAAACUCUGGAGACUUUCGAAGUCACUGUCACCGCAUUUGAGAAGGGGAACCCAGAAAAGUCUUCAGAGCGUGUUUUGUCUGUGAGGCUGCUGGACGUGAACGAUAACUACCCCAAACUAAUAGAGACCCAGGCCUUCAUCUGUAUGAAGAAACCCAAAGCUGUCAUCAUCAAGGCCCGAGAUGACGACGGCGCCCCCUUCUCACAGCCCUUCACCUUCAUCUUGGGUAGUGGCAAGAAAUCUCCCAACUGGGAACUGCUCAGUGUUGAUGGCACCACAGCUAAACUGAUCCCGAAGAAAAUGCCAAGUGAGGAUAAAACCUUCACACUCCCCAUUAACAUUAAAGACAAUGCGGGCAUGGGAGUUUCGCAGGCAUUUCAAGUGAGAAUAUGUAACUGCACAGAGCUGGGAUAUUGCUACAUAGCACCUGAUGAACGUAGCUUCACCUUAGGAAUGGGAGCCACCAUUGGGAUCCUGGCUGGCGUUGUGGGAUUCUGCGUUAUUGUGUUCAUCGUAGUGAUCAAACGCAACAAAAAAGAGGGAAAAAAGAAAGACCUGAAUGACGAGGAAGAGAAGAACGUCAUGAUGUAGAGACUCUACACACACACACACACACACACGUCUCACACACACACACGUUUGUACUCCUAUACUUGCGACAGCUGCCACUGACAUAAUACAUUCCUUAUUCUGUUGCUCAAAGUGUAUAGAGAAGUGUAAGAGUAUUUUCCCUGUCAUACAACAUAUGUAAACGCUCAUGAACACAACAGCAGAGCUCAGGACUGAACUUUCCAGAAGUCUCUUUUAAUGUCAGUGAAAAUGAUCUCAAUGAAAGUUUAGUUACACACACACACACAUAUUUACUUUAGCUUAUUUUAUUUACAGGAGCGAUAUGAGAUGCUUUACAUGCUUGAUAAAUAGGUGCAGUGCACAUUUAAUUAAAUUGACAGACAGCCCCAUGCUAAUUGUGCAAAUAUAAAGCUUGUUAACAUAAUUUAUUUAAAUUUCUCUCCCAGACUCUGGUUGUUUCAUUAGCAGUUUCAUCAACCCACAUAGUUCGAUUUGUUCUUUUGUGGGGCUCAGCGUUUGUUUUGUUAUUCUCCUUUGCUUGACUGUUGAAUGCGGUGCACCAGCUGAGAAUAUCUGAAAUGUUAAGAAAUAUAUUAAAUACAUAACAAAAAAAUCUAAUGUGACCUAAGAUGUUGCUAUUUUCAGAGCUUGUUCCAUAAUGAGCAACUCCUGCUCUGUUACCCAAUAAACAAAGAAACUGGGA